AUAUUAUUUAUUUAUUUUAAAUAUUAAUAUUCUUGAAAAAUGUUUUAUAAGACAUAUUAUUUUGUUUUAAUUCUUGUUAUUGAUUUUUGGUUUGGUGAUGUUUUUGGAAGCAUUAUUUUAAUUGGCGAAGAAGGAGUGAUGAAUAUUAUGAAUUUGACAAAUAAAACGAUUAUGGAUCAUGACACUAAUAAGAUUACUAUACCUGGUUGUAUCUCAUCUUCAACAGUUCUACAGUGUGGACCAAUAACGAUUGAUUUUGUAAAUAAGAAAAAAGUUUUUGCAGAAAUUUUUGUGAAUUAUAAUAAUAGUUCUAUAGAUUCAGCUCAUAAAACAACUAUUAAAAUCACGUUCGCAGAAAAAUACAUUACUUUAAGUCCCAGAAAAACAUAUAAAAAUUAUUCAUACGACGAUGUUGGAAUUAAACGAUUGCAGGAUUCUAUUCGAAAAUUAAACAAUAAAAUUCAAUUCAAUGUAAUUAAAAUCUAUGAGAGUAAUCUUCCUAAUAAUAGAACUUUAGCUUAUUCUACCGUUUAUGAUAAUCAUUUAAAAACACAACUACAUAUGAUAGUAAACCUGUCUAUAUGGCCAUAUGUCAAAGAGGAAAUUGUUAACAUGGAUAUUUCUACUCAAUCCAAUAUAACACUUGAAGAUUUCAUCAUUAAUUCAACAAAGUAUAAAAAAAAUGUUAUAUCUACUAUUGAGGAAGCAAAAAGAAUCAUGGAUGUUAGAACUUUUAAGUAUGCGUUUUUACUACUCGUAUAUGCCCAUAUGACACUAAAACAUGAUGAUAGUGCAAGAAUAAUGGAUUGGAAAAAAUUUAUAAAAGUUUCUAGACAAUUGAGUAACGCACAAAUUAAUUCGAAAAACUUUAAUAAUAUACUUUAUGACUUACGCGUUGAUUUUAAAAUAUUUGAAACUAUUGAUUCAGAAAGUCGUCAGCAAAUUGUUAAAGAAUUGAUGCAGAAAUACACAGAAUUAUUUUCUAUAAUUUUAAAUAUUACAGACAAAUCACUGCAAAAUGUAUUAAGUAAAGGAUUUCAGGGAUUUUCCGAUCCUUGCAAAGACUUCGGCGAAUCAAACUGUUUUGAGAUUAUACCGAAUCAACCAACCUUUAUAGUAAUAAAUUUGAAACUCCUUUAUGGGUUAAUUGCCUCACAAUACAGUUCAUUUUUAUCAGAAAAUUAUAACGAGAUUUUAAACGAUUCUUACUCGAAUGUUUCGAGAAAUUAAAAAGUAUUUUUUUUUCCUAAUUACAUUAAAAGAUAAAGAAUGAUUAUUUCAUUAUGUACAACUUAUGUAAUCGAAAAAUAAAAUAAAUAUGGAAUAUAAAUAAAG